AUACCGGGCUUUUGAUACCGCGUAACGUAAAUCUGUAAAUAUCGAAUUUUGGUAAGGCACUGUGUGCUUUUUGCAGUUUUGUGGAUAAGGUAGAGGUAGGCUAGCGGUUUAUAAUUCAAUACCUCAUAGUAUAAUCAGUUUGUCUCGGACUUUUUGGCAAACCAAUCCUAUUUGCGGCAUAAUGGGAUGUGACGGUGGCACCAUACCAAAAAGACAUGAACUUGUCAGAACAAAAAAGAAAGCUGAACAAAAAGACAAGAAUGCAGAUCUUGUUGCAAAAUGGAAACACUGUGCCUUGUCUAACGAGAUAUUGAUAGAACCAAUAGUUGCUUGUGAGCUUGGAAGGCUCUAUAACAAGGAUGCUGUGAUAGAAUAUUUACUCGAUAAAGGAUCUGAAAAAGUUGAAAAAAUGAAUCAUAUAAAAGGCUUGAAGGACAUCCAUACUCUCAACCUUCAUGCAAAUCCAUCAUGGAAAAAUAAAACUGAUCAUGCAGAGAAAGGAGAUGCUUACAUUGAUGACCAAAAUGCUAAAUAUAUUUGUCCAGUUGCUGGAAUUGAAAUGAAUGGCAGAUACAAAUUCUGUUACCUACGAACAUGUGGAUGUGUAUUCAGCAAUAGAGCAUUAAAAGAAGUUCGAGAUGAAAUUUGUUUAACUUGUUCAAAGAAAUAUUCAGCUUACGACGAUGUUAUUACUCUUAAUGGAAGCAAGGAUGAGGAAGAUUUAUUGAGACAAAAAUUAGAAGCUAGGAAAAGUGCUUCGAAAUCUGAUAGAAAGAAGAAAAGGGACAAAGCCAAAAACGGAGAAACAAAUGGACAUUUGUCUAAUGGUCAUUCUGAAAAGAUCGAUGAAGACAAGCCUUCUACAUCUGGUAUCUCUACAACUAAGAAGCAAAAUGGCAAGAUUGGCACAAAAUCCAAUCACGUCAAAAAACUUGAAGUGGGAAGUGCUGUAAAUGGGGCAAAACGUAGAAUUGAGGAAGCUAAAAUAUAUAAAUCAGAUACAUUCAAAUCUUUAUUCACUUCACAUUCAUCUGCCAAGAGAAGCAAGGAUGAAAAAGCACAUUGGAUUACUUAUAAUCCAUAUCAUUGUUAACUAUAGGGGAAAAUUCCGAUUUGAAUGAGAAAAUAUAACUCAACAUCAUUGGUGUCCAGUAGAUGGCUAUUCUCGAAUACAGAGUGUUCAUAAUCAUUAAGUCUUGUAUAUAAAGAGGCAUAUAAAAGUGUAUUAAAUGAAAUAGAUAAACACUGAUUCAAAAUAAAACAAAUCUGGUUGAAGUAUAACCAAAUUUGAAAUUGUAUCAGGUUCAGGCUAUUCUGUAGUUAAUGUUCCCCCAUCAUUCCCCCAUAACUUAACUCAGUGGAAAACAAAACAAUCCAUGAAAAAUUUAAUUUAUAUCUCAAUUUCAUAAACAAUACUAUUAACUGACAAAUCACUAGCAAAACCAUGGAAAUGAACUAAUGUUGCUGAUGCUAAAAUUUUGAUUGUUGCAUCACCAUCCGAUGCUUGUGGAAACAUCCAUUGUUUUUAAAAUUCAUUCAAUAUGGGAAAUGAUUGUUUACAUGUAGGUCUUUAUUUCUGUCCAAAAGUUGUAAAUUAUACCACCAUCAUAUGAAUUUUUAUCAACAUAAAUUUUUUUCAAUGAAAAUACCUUUGAAUUCUAACUUCACAAUAUUGCACCAACAAACCAACAGCCUUUAACAGAUUCACAAUUUCACAGAAUUCCAUUUCUUAAUGACGAUAUCUAAGUUUUUUUCCCUGAAUAUAAAUUGGUUUUAUUAACAAUUUUUGUAUGUCAGUUAUUUCUUGCAUAAGUCAGUUUACCCAUCAUGGGGAAUUUUUGUUCACUUGAUUCGUGCGUCUCUCCCACCUUACAUUGACUGAAUACUAGUAUAUAAAAACAUUACUGUACAAAACUAUUCAAGUGUUUUAUGAGCUUUGGAUGUAUAUUUUUACCAUGCCCGCACAGAUUUGAAAAGGUAGCAAAGAGGUUGCUAUCUCAAGAACACUGCCACCUUUUUAAAUAUAUAUGAUAUUCAGUGGACAUUGCUGUCACCGCUGCUAUAUUAUAUGCUUCGUGGUGGUAUAUGAAACUAUAUAAUAUAACAGUAUUACCAUAUUUUGCAGAACAAAUUGUUCUGUGAUUUUAGAAAAUGCACAGCCAAUUUUAGAUUCAGCCAUUUCUACUCUUGUCUGUCCUAGUUGAUUGUGUUGAAACUCCCUACCUGGUGACAAAAUUUGUGUAAUUAUCGUCAGUCGCCAACUUGACAGAUGCCAACUUGACAGAUACCGGUAGAUAAACUUAUGCACAGCUGUUAGCGAGUUUGUGGUAUAUCAGUACCAAUUUUUCAGUUCUAGUUGGAAGGCCAGGGCCUGGUUUUAAGCAAACUGAAUAAAAAUAAUCAGUUGGACGCAAAAGGUAAUCUUUCGUUUCCUUAAAAUCUGGUCAUCGAAAGACAAUGGAUGGGCAAAUUUUUAUGAAUAUAACAAUAACUCCCACUCUCCCAGUGAUUCAUUAGGAAUUGAAAAAGAGUUACCGGUAACUAGUCAAGUUUUACUCAAAAUCUCUAUAUUUUUCAAUUUUAAUGUGUAUUUUUAUUAUAUUUUCUGACGUCACUGCUUAAUCCAACCACACCUAGAUAUGUCAUUUAAUAU